AUGACAUCGAUCUCGACUCGCCCGAAGCAAAGCGGGACAAGAACAGCCUGUCAUUUGCCGCCAUCAUGGGCAUCAAAGCCGGAUACAAAUCUCACCGAAGAUCAGUACGACUGGCUGGGUUCCAUCGUGUACUUUGGGUACCUGUUCGGCGAGAUCCCAGCAGCAUUCUUGAUGCAGCGGUUCCCACUGGCCCAGUACCUGGGGACCAUGAGCAUGCUUUGGGGCAUUAUCGUGGCGAUGCACGCCGUCUGUCAUGAGUUUGCCGGGCUGGCUACGGUCCGCUUUCUCCUUGGCGCGAUUGAAGUAUGCACGACGCCCGCCGUCAUCUACAUCACGAGCUCCUGGUACACCCGCAGCGAGCAGGUCACCCGCGUGGCCCUGUGGUAUUCGACCUCUGGCUGGGCGCAAGUGCUCGGCGGGUUCUUCGCCUGGGCUAUCAACCAGGCGGACCGCUUCCGAUGGCAGGGCCUCUUUAUCUUCUACGGCGGCAUCACCUUCGUCACGGGGCUGCUGCUUUUGUUCUUCCUCGCGGCGUCGCCAAUCGAUGCCGGCUGGCUGACGGACGACGAGAAGGCGAUUGCGCUAGAGCGAGUCCGCGGCAACAAGACCGGCACUGAGAUGUGGGGGUUCAACUGGAAUCAGCUCAAGGAAUCCCUCUGCGAUGUGCGUCUGUAUUUGUUGUUUCUGAUGAUGUGUUCGACGGGGCUGCCAAACGGUGGUCUGACUGCAUUCGGACCGACUAUCAUCUCAGGAUUCGGAUACGGCACGAACACGACCACCCUUCUUAGUAUGGCCACCGGUGCCUGUGUCGUCGCGGGUACGGUUGUGGCCCUGUUCGUGGCAAAGUACACCAACCGGACCAUCUGCGGGAUCUAUGUCGUGGUGCUGGGCUGCAUUGGGGUCAUCAUGAUGUUCACCAUCCCAGAGGAAAACAUCACCGCCAGAUAUGGGGGUUAUAUACUCACUAUGCAAUAUCCGAUUUGCGUCCUGUCGAUCCUUGCAUUCAUUACUGCCGGUGUCGGUGGGAGCACCAAGAAGCUCGCUUUUGGUGCUGCCUACCAGUUGGGAUACGCUGUUGGCAACAUUUCUGGCCCGCAGACAUUCCUGGGCCAUGAAGCGCCGCAUUACUAUACAGCCAAGUACACGAUGCUGGCAUUCUUGGCGUUCACGAUCAUACUGUUUGCUUGCUUCGGGCUUCUCCAUUGGUAUUGGAAUUACAAGCGGGAUAAGCAAGAUGCCCUGGACUCCCAAAGUCAGUACACCUUCUGGUGA